AUGGAACAUGCGGUGAAGAAGAGAUCGCCUCGAAGGAAGCAAGACAGGAUCAUCUUGCAUUUCGAUUACGACUGCUUUUACGCUCAAGUCGUCGAGAAUGCCCAGCCUGCGCUGAAGUCUCUGCCCCUCGGCAUCAAGCAGAAGAGCAUCCUAGCGACAUGCAACUACGAGGCCCGGAAGCGCGGUGUCAGGAAGUUGCAGCUCAUAUCUGAUGCCAAGAAACUCUGCCCAGACUUGGUCCUUGCCGACGGCGAGGACCUGUCCGCGUUCCGGGAUGUUUCCAAGAAGCUUUAUGGUCUUUUGAGGUCAUAUUCGUGGAACAAGAAAGUUGAGCGCCUUGGACUGGAUGAGGUCUUCCUGGAUGUCACCGACAUGGUCGAUUUCAACGUCGGUCUUCUGAACCGAAAUGCGUUGCCGAACUCAUUCUUCUGCCUGUCCCGGGAUGACCCAGAAAAGGGCUUCAGCUUUGAUGCUACCGCCAUCGCCGGCUGUGUUACUGGCAGUGGCCAUGGGGAAGAUAAUCACGAAAAUCUUUCGUUCGUUAAACUUGUUCUUGCAUCUCACAUGGCAAGGUAUCUUCGCCUCAAGAUAGAAGAAGAGGGCUAUACAUCCGCUUGUGGCAUCUCAACCAACAAGGUCCUGAGCAAGUUGGCAGGUAGCGUGAACAAGCCAAGGAAUCAGACGACUCUAAUUUCGAUUCAUGAAGACGAGACUCUCAAUUUCAUGGACUCGCACGGCCUCCGUCAAGUUCCCGGAAUAGGAGGCAGAAUCACACAUACGCUGGAGAGCUACUUUCUUGGAAGAGACGCAGAUACAGAUACCUUCGUCAAUGGCUCAGCUGUGAAGGUAGGGGCUUUCAGGACUCGAGAAGAGGUCUCGCCUCAUAUGCUCGAAAAGUUACUGGGAAGUCGUCCUGGAUCGGAGAAAGGCAUAGGGGAGAAGGUGUGGGGUCUUCUGCACGGAGUUGAUGACACAGAGGUGAAAGCUGCGAGCAACAUCCCAACACAGAUCUCAAUCGAGGAUACUUACCCUGGCUCUAAUGGCGGGCUGAACAUACCCACAGAGAUCGAACGGGAGCUAGUCAAGCUUGCGGCGUCUCUGCUGCGGCGCAUGCACGUUGACCUGACUGAGCCUCACGAACCAGAAACGGUGAAAGACGCCGCGCCGCUGAUUGAUGGCUCGAGGCGCUGGAAGUGGUUAGCCCAUCCCAAGACCCUUCGAUUAUCAACACGCCCAAAAACAUCGCCCAGUGACGGCAUACCUUACAACUGGGGUCGAGCUAGCCGGAGUCAACCACUCCCAACCUUCGUCUUCCAAGACGUUGAUGACGAGAUCAUCGUCCAGAGGCUCGUAAAAGAGGCCUUGUUGCCAAUGUUCUACCAGCUGAACCCGGACAAGACCGAAGGCUGGAACAUCGGCAUGAUCAAUAUUUGCGUUGCAAACAUGACACUUACAGCAACCGAGGACGCAGCUGGGAGUGGGCGAGACAUCUCACAGAUGUUCAAGAGGCAGGAUGAGGUCCUGCGCGAGUUCAGGGUCUACGAGACGCAGCCGAAGGUAUAUCAGCCGUCAGACAUGGGCGAGGAAAGGAACGGAAGCACAAGCCCGAGUCUCACGGUGGCGGACGAUGGCAUGGCGUUUGAAGAUGACUACGCCUCGGAGUCCGAAUCGGAAGCCUGGGGUGACCAAGAUGGAAGCCAGGCCUGUCCGAGGUGCGGUCAUUACCUGCCCGUAUUCGCGAUACCUGCGCACCAGCGGUACCACGCCCUCGAGGAACCAUAA